ACAUUAGUUGACUCUUGAGCGCCACAAAGCGCACAGGCACGGAAUGCCGCCGAGCACGUUGUAAUCGCUGUGGAAUGGAAGUCUGUGGGCCGCGGUGCGUUACUACAAGCUUAGUUUUUGGUUAGUUGCCCCCUGGAUAAGUAAACUAAAGCUUGAAGGUUAAACUUGACUGCAACAUGCAGGUUUCGAACCCAAACAACAUCAAGAUCUACAAUCUAACAGCAGGCAAAUCACUGCCCGACUGGCUGUCGGAAAAGAAAAGACGAGCUCUUCUCAAGAAAGAUGUGGAGAUAAGUAGGAGAAUCGAGUUGAUACAGGAUUUUGACAUGCCAGGCGUGAGCUCCUGCAUAGGUUUGUCACCAGAUCAGCAGUACAUUGUGGUGACAGGAAUGUACAAACCAACAAUGAAGUGCUAUGAUGUGAACGAGCUUUCACUGAAGUUUGAACGCUGCUUUGACAAUGAAGUUGUCAAGUUUGAAUUCCUGAGCGAUGACUUCAGUAAGCUCAUAUUCUUGCAGCAAGACAGAUACAUUGAGCUGCACACCAAGGGGGGUCGGUACUUUCGGCUCAGGGUUCCAAAGUACAACAGAGACAUGGCAUACCACAAAGAGUCGUGUGACCUGUACAUUGCAUGUUCUGGGAGUGAGAUGUAUCGUCUGAACCUUGAAAGGGGUUGCUUUCUUAGUCCCCUUCAGACAGAAGCCACAUGUGUCAAUGUCUGCAAAAUCAACAAAGAUCAUCAGCUCCUUAUGGCAGGCACACAGGAGGGAAAAAUUGAAGCAUGGGAUCCAAGAUCACGGACAAGAUGUGGAGUCUUGGACUGUGUUGCAGGUGCUUUGGAGGCCAACCCUGAACUAGAGGAUGCACCUAGUGUCACUGCCUUGGAGAUGAAUGGGGCCCUUCAAAUUGGUGUGGGUCUGAGCACAGGUCAGGUGCUGUUGUAUGACAUUAGGUCAGACAAGCCCUUGAGGGUGAAAGACCAUUACAAUGAGCUCCCCAUCAAAGACAUCAGGUUCCAGAACAACAUGGACCUGGUCAUGUCCAUGGAUGCCAAAGUGGUCAAAAUAUGGGACAGUGAUUCAGGCAACCCCUACACAUCCAUCUCCUCUGAUAAGCAGUUGAACAAUUUGUGCACAGUGCCCAACACUGGACUGCUCUUCAUUGCCAAUGAAGCUCAGAAGGUGCAGACCUACUAUGUUCCAUCCAUUGGCCCUGCUCCCAAGUGGUGCAACUUCCUUGAUAACCUCACAGAAGAGCUGGAGGAAUCUGAGGUCACCACCAUCUAUGACAACUAUAAGUUUGUGACACGACAAGAACUUGAUGAUCUGGGUCUUACGCACCUCCUGGGCACAAAUCUGCUCCGAGCAUACAUGCAUGGCUUCUUUGUCGACAUACGGCUCUACAAGAAGGCCAAGUCCGUGGCUGAUCCUUUCGCUUUCGAAGAGUACCGAAAGAAAAAGAUCAAGGAGAAGCUAGAUGCCACUAGGGACAACCGCGUCAAGCUGACAAAGCUGCCUGCUGUCAAUAAGGAGAUUGCAUUGAAACUGAUGAACGGUGCCAAAUCCUCCAACAUCAAGAAGAGGAAGUCGACGCAGGGCCUGCUAGAGGACGAACGCUUCAAGGCGAUGUUCCAGAACCCCGACUUCACCGUAGAUCGCGAGUCCGAAACCUUCAAGCUCCUGAACCCGGUGCUGAGUUCGAUGGAAGACCAACGCGCGGCGAAGCUGGAGCGCAAGAUGCGGCUGGCCGAGGAACGUCGGCGGCAAGAGGAGGAGCAGCGCCGGGAGCGGGAGGAGCCGGAGGGCCGACCGAGCUCAGAGGAGGACGACGACGAUGAUGACGACGAGGGUAGCUCUGACGAGGAAACCUACCAGACGGAGCGGCUUCGGCGCCAGCGGCAGCGCCAAGAGGAGGAGCGGCGAGCGCGGCCGGAGUUGGUGCCGAACCCGGCGGCGCGGCCCGUCCGCGUGCUGGAGGGCGACAGCGUGCGCGAGAUCACGGGCGGCGACCGACGCGAGAAGCGCGCCAGCCUCGGCGAUCGCCUGCGGCGCCAGCAGAGCGCGGGCACCGUGCAGCACGUGGGCGGCUUCGGCAACCGGCAGAUGUCGUUCGCGGUGGGUAAGAAGAAGCGCGACCCCAGCCGGCGCGAGGAGGCGCUGCGGCACCAUGCCGAGCGGCGCAAGAUCCGACGCUCGGCCAGCGCGCUCGGCAAGACCUCCGGAAGCUUCAAGAACGCGUAAACGCCGGCGGGCCGUCAGGGGGUGGCCGGAUUAUCGCGCUGACUGGCGUCGGCUUUGAGGGAUAUUGUACCUGUAUAUAUUUGUGAUACGACUGCAUCAUGUCCCCUUGUCCAUUUCGUGCUGCGAUGUCAUCAGCCGUUUGUGCUUUAUGGUGAAUCUGUGAUGGCUGCAAUACAUCGUUACUGGUGCAUUUUCUUUUUUUAACGAAGUUCCUAACUCGCCGCAACAUCAACGGAAGACAUGGACCACCCUUCGAAGAACGGCAGGCGUUGACAAAUUUGCUGAAUGUGAAACUGACGAGCAGACUGCCGCCUUGAUAGGUACAC